GACCUCACUGGCAUCUCCUGCCAUUCAUUCACUGCGAAAUCCAGCACAAUCAGCAUCAUAUCAUUCUCAGACAGCUUUUAUUUGUGCUGAAUCCCAUAUGAGUGGUAUAGCAUCCCUGAGCCAUUCAUCGUCUUCUCUGGAUGGAGUGCUAGUAAUAACCACGGAUUUCUUGAGAAACUGCUCCGACGGAAGGUGGCGCGAUUGCACCAAUGACGGAGGGAUUAGGGUCCCCGUACUACUUGUAGACCGCCUAGAGAUAUUAAAAGCAGAUGAUGAUCUAAUUUUCGGAGACAUCGUCGUUGCAGUGGAUUCGUUCAAGUUAUAACCGGCUGAGAUAUAACCGGCUCGAAUGCGACAAGAGUGAAUGGAUAAAACAAUGAUAUGGAAAGAUGAAGACGGGGAAGGCAAGGUCUAAGAAUUGUGUCUUUCGAUUCUCAAAAGCCUCAAGAUAUAGACUCGGAUUUCAUUCUAC